AUGUUGUACGCAGUUUUCGACCUGCACUGGCUGCUGGCGAAAACAAUGAAAGGAGCGGACAAAGCGAUUGUGGCAAAGUCCUUUGGAAAAUGGAAAAGCGCCUCUCUAAGGUCCAGUACCAUGGAGAAGCCGGAUGAGCCUUCCGAGGAGAGUGAGGAGGAAGCCCCCCAACUCGGCACCAUCCCAGCCGAAGAUAAACUGCAUGAGCACCUCUCAACCAACCCAAAGUGUGUAAGCAUCAACCAGAGAGAAGAGGGGGAAUCUGGCGUCUCAUCCGACAAGGAGCUUGUGAAACUACAGUGGAAGAUGGAUUCUUCUGACAGUGAGGAGCAGACUCUGAACACGUGUAAUAAUAACAUAGGCCCAGUUGAGAGCAACGCUGAGAAUCACAGCCCAUAUGGACCAGCGGCAAGAAAGAGGAGUGCUCAGGAAGGGGUUCAGGGCGCCCCCGUCAACAAGAGAAAGUCCCUACUGAUGAAGCCUCGCCACUACAGCCCCAGUGAGGCUUGUGAAGAGGAGAGCGAGGACCUGGCAGCUCCACGGGACAAAGACGAGCGGAGGAACACUGACACUCCAGCAGAUGGAAACUUAAGAAAUGGCUGUCAAAGUGCAGAUUCUCUGGGGUGGUCUGAGGUGCCCUCUGAAGACUCGCCCCAGUGUGAGGCUGACCCCAGUGAAAAGGCAGUGACAGACGAAGACGAAGAACUUCUAAAAAAUGACGACGACCAGAAUCAGGAGCGAAUGAGUGGUGCCUCUUCACCACACUCCCCAUACAGAGACAUGCACGAGUCUGAGUGGGACCCUUAUUCUCUAUCCGCCAAACUCAAUGGCUCCAGCCCCUCCAGAUCGUCUGAGGAGCUUCUGCUGAGGAGAAAUGGCCUGCUGAGGGAAGAGCCGGGCUUGUACAGGCCUCACCCCACAGAGGAGGGGGACAGUGAGGGGGAGACAGAGGCGGACAGGCCUGGCCGGCUGGAUGGCUGGGCUCUGGGUCUCCAUGAGAGAGCUUUGGAGAUGAGAGGGGGCAGGGUGAACUUGAGCCUGUUGGAACAGGCUAUAGCUCUGCAGACUGAGCAGAGACAAGCGCUACACCACGCCUACAGGGAAAUGGACCGCUUCCUCUUGGAGCAGAUGACCAAUGAGAGACGACACCAAAGGAUGAUGGACCUGGAGAGACUUGGCUACCACACAGGCAAAGAUUCUCCAAGAACCGAAAAAAGAGACAUCAAGUGCCCAACCCCAGGCUGCGAUGGCACAGGUCAUGUGACAGGGCUGUACCCACAUCACAGAAGUCUGUCCGGAUGCCCACAUAAAGUCAGAGUCCCACCAGAAAUCCUGGCCAUGCACGAGAACGUCCUCAAGUGCCCUACACCCGGAUGCACAGGGAGAGGCCAUGUCAACAGCAAUCGUAGCACCCACCGGAGUCUGUCUGGCUGCCCCAUCGCCGCCGCUGUCAAAGUCUCCAAACCUCAAGAAGAGAGUCUGAAAAAUAGACAAACCCCAGAUCGUUCACCCAGAGCCAUUGGUUUGAUAAGGAAGUUUGAGAUGAACCAGUUAAACUACAGGCUCUCUCAUCCAGUAGCAGCCUUGCAAACAAGCCUAACGAAAGAAAUGGACAAGUAUAGCAGAAUCCGCUUUGAUUAUGCCAGCUUUGAUGCACAGGUCUUCGGUAAACAGCCACUGAUGGGGAGCAACCAGGAACAGGAAAUAGCACAUUUCCCUGAAUCCCCUCAGCAGUACACUGGCUUUCUUGGUGCUUCAGGUCAUCUGCCCAACUCCGGUCAGCAUAGCCCACCGAGUCAAUUCAAAAAAGACGAGAGUCUCCAGACAGCUGCUGCCACGGCCGCUAUCCUGAACCUCUCCACUCGCUACAGGAAGAACAUGGAGACGGUCACUGACCGGCCUUUGGCAACCUCCACAAAGGACAUGCCCAUAGAAGUGGACGAGAACGGCACUCUGGACUUGAGCAUGAAAAAGAGCAAGGAGCACCCAAAGGCCCUGCCCAAGUUGCCUUCUGAAGAGUUGCCAUCUCCACUGGAUCCUGCUUCGAUGGUCAAGAGUGGGAGCAUGCUUAUCACCCCUGCGUUUUACAAACCCCUGUGUGAACGUGAUAGUUGGGAGAGCCACUUCCCAGUCAACUUCACCAAACCUCACAUCCUGCAGGAAAAAGAGGAGGAUUUUGAUCAUGUCUCUCUGGAGGAGCAGCACUACCAGGGAGAUGGGCUGAUGAGUGCCAAAGCCAAGCUGCUGUUAAGAGAUGUGAAGAAAGAGCUGCUGAGCUGUCCAACCCCAGGCUGUGAUGGCAGUGGCCAUGUGACGGGGAAUUAUGCUUCACAUCGGAGUGUGUCUGGAUGUCCCCUGGCUGACAAAACACUCAAAUCACUGAUGGCAGCCAACUCUCAGGAACUAAAGUGCCCAACACCUGGUUGUGAUGGAUCUGGUCAUGUGACUGGGAACUAUGCUUCACACAGAAGCUUGUCGGGAUGUCCGCGCGCCAGGAAAGGAGGCUUGAGGCUCACACCAAACAAGGACGAAAAAGAUGAGCAAGAGCUUAAGUGUCCAGUAAUAGGAUGUGAUGGACAGGGCCAUAUAUCGGGGAAAUACACGUCUCACCGCAGCGCGAGCAGUUGUCCACUGGCUGCCAAAAGACAGAAGGAGUCGUCCAUCAAUGGGCUGCCCUUUGCCUGGAAGGCCAAUAAACAGGAACUGCCCCAUUGUCCCCUGCCCGGCUGCAACGGCCUUGGACAUGCCAAUAAUGUGUUUGCCACUCACAGAAGCUUAUCAGGUUGCCCGCUGAAUGCACAAAGUAUCAAGAAAAAGCACCCAGAAGAAGAGAUGACUAUCAAAGUCAAAACUAGCAGCGGUGUGGAAAAUAAGGAUGACAUUCAACACUUGGAUCAUGAAAUAAAGGAACUAAACGAUUCCAACAUGAAAAUAGAAGCUGACAUGAUGCAGCUCCAAACCCAGAUUUCAUCGAUGGAAUGUAACCUGAAGACAAUUGAGGAGGAGAACAAGAUGAUCGAGCAGCACAAUGACAGCCUCUUGAAGGAGCUCGCACGCCUUAGCCAAGCUCUCAUCAACAGCCUAACUGACAUCCAACUGCCUCAAAUGGGACCCAUCAGUGAGCAUAAUUUUGAAGCCUAUGUGAACACAUUAACUGAUAUGUACAACAACUCGGAGCAUGAAUACUCUCCGGAGUGCAAGGCUCUUCUGGAUAAUAUCAAGCAGGCUAUUAAGGGCAUCCAUGUUUAAGUACUACCCCAGGUUUCUUUGACUUGGGAUAAUGGCACUAGAUAGCUCUAUUUUACACAGACUGUGGGCCUGGCUGCAUGUACGUAUAAGACAAGGCUUUUGGAAAUGCGUGUGACAUUUCCACAUAAAUACACUGCACUGAGAACAUUACCAGCCAGACGCUUUUACUGUUUCUGCAUUCACACCACACAUGUUCAUUUCAUUUUACCCCUCUUGCACUUAAUUAUUUUGUAUUGUUUGCUUGAUUUUAAUCUCUAUGUGAUCACGUCAUUCUGAUAUUAUCACUUAUUUAUUAUUAUAUUUGUCCAUCUACGUAUUUAUUUCCCAGUUUUAUUUAUUUCGAGUGUAAAUUUCUAAUAUCAAAGUUUGUUCUGCACACUGUAGAAGCACAUUCCAAUUUUAUGGCAUACUUACGCCAUCUAGUGUUGAAAACAUAUAUUGAUAUUAUUAUUAGAUCUUGAGUUGGAUUUCCCUUAAAAGAACCUACCAAAAGCCUAAAUAUUUUAUGAAUCGCUCUUGCUUUCUACUCUUUAUUGGAGACUGAAUGUAUAAAAAGACAAAGUGAGAUCAAAAAAUGCAUCUGUACUGUAUUUUUCCAAAAAGCUGAAUGCAAACAGUAGGUGACACUGAGCAAAAAAUCAUGCAACAUCAGUGAACUUGAAUGUCCAGUUCUGCUUUGCAAAGAGUGCCACGAGAGAAGUGCAUCACAAAUGAAAAAUCCACACUUUGUCAAGAUGUCGUUUUUUCAUAUAUAGAUAUUAAACUGCCUUUUGUGCACACGCUGCGGAGUGUGCAUAUAGUAUGUGCCUAAAUGUAUAUGAUCCAUGAAAAAAUAUAAUGAUUACUAUGUUUUGUGGUAGGACAGUAUUAUGUGGAUGGUGUCUAAUUUAUUAUACAGUACAAUUAUUUUCAUAGGAGCAAAUGUUUGAUGACUGUUUCACUUAUGUUGUCCCGGUAACUGUAACCCCAAGUUAAGAAAUAUCACAAGUGACAUUUUUAUUAUCCCGUUAUUGCGUAAUUUUUUCAAGAAAAUAGUUUUAUAUUAAAGUUACAUGUGAUUAAAAUCCAAUAUUGGACAUUUAGACCAGUUGUCAUACUUUUUGAGCAAACGCAGAAGUAGCUCUUUAAAAAUAAACCUAACCACAAAUCAUGUAUGUUUAGCAUUUCCGUUGCAACCGAUAUUAUUACAAUCUAAUCAGUUCUGUCUCAUUAAAAUUAUUGCACUUUUGUACUUUUUGUUGGCCACACUGCCCUUUGCAAUCUCAAAAGAUGAAAAAAAAAAAAUGUGUGAAAUCAUCAUUCAUUUGAGCAAUAUGCCUUUACUUUUGCAAAGGGAAGUCAAACACAUGUAGCCACUUUUCAAAGACAACAAAGCAGGAGCGCCAAAUCCUAGAAAAAAAAAACUAUUUGUACGAAAUAAA